CACCGCUGGCGAUAGGCCAUGCUCCGUAAUACAUCUUGGCCUCGCUGUAUUGCGGGAGGGAGCCGGGACUUUAUCCUGACUUUCUAUAAAAGCCCGUGGUGCCGUGGAUUUCUUGGGAUAUACAGGACGGAGUGACAAAGGGCUUGAGAAUAAGCCGUGAGCUACCGAGGAGAACGAAGGAAUCUCAAUUGAGCCUCCAGGAGCUUGAAAAUACCAUUCCGCCGUCUGAUCAUGGUGAAGCUCAGCGCGCUUUAUGCCCUCCUCGGGCUGGCGAGUGCAACUCUCGCUGCAGCACCACUCAGUGCGAUUGAGAAGAAAGUGCGGAAAAACACCAUUUCCAAGAGAGAGAUUCUCAAGAGGGACACUGACCCCACCCUCUUAUACCCGGCAUACAACAUCUCAGUCCCAAUCGACCACUUCCACAAUGACUCGAAGUACGAACCUCACAGCGACGGCAUGUUUAACCUGCGCUACUGGUUUGAUGCCACCUAUUACAAGGAGGGCGGGCCUGUCAUCGUGCUGCAGUCCGGAGAGACAGACGCCAGCGAACGGUUGAUAUUCCUGCAAAAGGGUAUCCUGCACCAGAUGGCGGAAGCUACAAACGGGAUUGGAGUUGUUCUGGAGCACAGAUAUUACGGUAGCAGUAUGCCCACACCAGACUUCUCAACCGAGAAUCUGAGAUUCUUGACCACGGACCAAGCGCUGGCGGACGAGGCGUACUUCGCGAAGAAUGUCGUGUUUCCAGGAUUGGAGGAUAAGAAUCUCACGGCGCCGAAUGUGCCAUAUAUUGGAUAUGGAGGUAGUUACGCUGGUGCUUUCAACGCAUUUCUCAGGAAAUUGUAUCCGGAUGUUUUCUGGGGUACCAUCUCUUCAAGUGGAGUCGUUGAAGCUAUCUGGGAUUACUGGAGCUACUUCGAGCCUAUCCGGGUCUACGCAGAUCAAGAAUGUGUGUCGACAACGCAGAAAAUCACGCACAUGAUUGACAACAUCUUGAUUGGGCUGAACGACAGCGCAACUACCGCAGAGCUCAAAGGAGCCUUCGGGCUCCCAAAUGUCACCUACGAUGACGAUUUUGCCAGCGUGGUCAGUUAUGGAAUCGAUUCCUGGCAAGGUUUGGUUUGGGACCCGGCAGAAAACGACCCUUCUUUUGAUCUGUUUUGUGGCAACAUCACCUCGGAUUCGAUCAUAUAUCCCGAUACUAGCAGCCUCACUAGCACGGUGCAGGAUCUUCUCACGAAAGGGGGCUAUGGAUCAGAGGUCUCCAACUUGACUACACCGCUGUUGAAUUGGAUUGGGUGGCUCGGUCAAUACGCCGUUGAUUCCUGCCAAGGUGAUCAAGACGCCUGCUUCUCAACCCACAACGCAACAUACUACGCUCAAGACGACAUAACUCAGAGCUGGCGCUCCUGGCCCUACCAAUACUGCACCGAAUGGGGCUUCCUCCAAACCGGGUCCGGCGCGCCCAAAGACCAACUACCCCUAAUCUCCCGCACCAACACCCUCGAAUACGAGAGCCUCAUCUGCGCCUAUGCAUUCAACAUCACCACGCCCCCCAACACCACCGCAAUCAACCAAUACGGCGGCUUCGACAUCUCGUACCCGCGCCUGGCCAUGAUCGACGGGGAGCAGGACCCGUGGCGGCCCGCGACGGCCCACGCGUCGCCCUUCAACAGCACGGCGCAGAACCGCACCAGUACCGCGAGCCAGCCCUUCAUCUUGAUCGACGGCGCCGUCCAUCAUUGGGAUGAGUAUGGCCUGUUCCCGAAUGAGACGGUGGAUUCCCCGCCGGAUUUCUUGCCGCCCGUCCCUGUCAGGGACGCCCAGGCCGCGGAGCUGCAGUUUGUGUUGGAGUGGAUGGAGGAGUGGGAGGAGCAUGUUUUGGCCAUGAGAGCGAGGGAUGAGAUGAGAGUCUGA